AUGACGGACCUUCUCAGGAUACUGCCGUCGUUUCCCACAGGACCGUUUUCCGCGCUGCUCCCAGUGAUUGAGCAGCAGUCCCUGUCCACGGCGGACCUCCUCACGCAGCACCCCGUCGACCUCGCCAAGCAGACGCGCAUACCGCUCCUCGACCUCAAGCGCUUCAUCGCCGCCGUGCAAGCCUCCCUCGCCGAUGACCUGACGCCCGAAAAGCCCCUAGCGGCCCCGAAACCGACAGAAAAAAGAACCGAGGAGAAUGAGGAAGUGGAAGGAGCCGCGGAAGAUGGUCCAACGGCCAGCGAAUCAGAAGCACACCCGGAGCCGAUUGCUGCUGAACUCGAGCAAACCCCAUGCAUCAGCACGCUAGACGACACACUCGACGCGGCGCUGGGUGGCGGCGUCCCUGUAGGCUACAUCACCGAGUUUGCGGGCGAGUCCGGCGCCGGAAAGACGCAGUUCCUGCUGUCGCUGUGCCUGGCCGUGCAGCUACCCGCGCCGCGGGGCCUCGGCAAGCAGGCGCUGUACAUUUCGACCGAGGCGGCGCUCGCGACGCGGCGCCUCUCGCAGAUGCUCGCCGGCAGCGCCGCGCUGCAGCAUCUCGACCUGGCCGACCGGCCCUCGCUCGACAACAUCCUCAGCACCGUGACGCCGGACCUCGAGUCGCAGGACCACAUCCUCGAGUACCAGGUGCCGGUGCUGCUGGCGCGCCACGACAUUGGCCUGCUCGUGCUCGACUCGGUCGCCGCCAACUUCCGCGCCGAGUUUGAGAACCGCGGCGGCGCCAGCAUGGCGACGCGCAGCGCGCAGCUCGUGCGCCUGGGCGCCCACCUGCGCGACCUCGCGCGCCGGCACGGCAUCGCCGUCGUCGUGGCCAACCAGGUCGCCGACCGCUUCGCCUCGAGCAGCGGCUCCGCGGCGCUGCAGCAGAACCUCCGGCUCCCGCACCGGACGACUGCAACAACCAUGGGACCGCCGCCGCCGGAGAGCCCGCUGGCGUCGCGCAGCAGACAGCCGCCACCAUCUGCGCUGCAAGCGACGCCGACGUCGUCGAUGCCGAUGCCGACGCCGGACGACGGGCCGCCGGCGCCGCUGACGCUGCUCCUCGACCACCAGCAGCGCUGGUUCACCGGAUGGGGCGACGAGCCGCGGUCGUCGUACACGCUCAAGACGCCGAGCCUGGGCCUCGUGUGGUCGACGCAGAUUGCGUGCCGCGUGGCGCUCUUCAAGCGACCCGUCUACGGGCGGCCGAGGAGGGUCGCCGCGCCGCUCGACGCAAACGGCGACUACGACGACGGCGGGGCGGACCGGGAACCGACGCUCAAGUCGUGGCGGCGCUGGAUGAAGGUCGUGUUUGCGCCGCACGUCGCUGCCUCGGGCCAGGGCAUCGUCGAUGCGGCCGAGUUUGAGGUCAACGCCGGUGGACUGAAAGGCGUGAUCAAAGACCAUGUCAAAGCUAAGGGUUGA